CGCCCACCGCCGCUCGCGCGCCCCGUUCCGUUCAGCACACGGACGCAUCCAUGGAGAGCUCGUGCAGCCGUCCGCCGCCUCACCGCCUCCAAAUACCGCGUUUCAACAUGACAUAAGAGGACCGGAGCGGCACCGACACCACAGGCUCGCAAGGCUUCAGCCGCUUUCCGCCCCGCUGCAUCCCGGCGGCACCGACUCACAACUUUUUACUCCCCGUCCUGCACUUUUUCCUCCAACCGGGAGACCAGCCCGGUCGGUUUCGCUCUCUGGGAAUUAACGGAGGUCGCUGGGGUGUUUUUUUCCCCUCUUUUUUCCCCCUCCUACUUCUUCGGGGAUCCGCAUGGAUGUGUCAGCGGCAGAGGGGAUGUCUCCGCCGGGUGUCCGACUCCGGAACGGAGCCGCGCAAGUGAUGCCGAACCAGAAGAAGGUCAGAGCGCGGCGGAAAAGGCGAAAGGAGCUGGUUCUGGUCCAGAUCUGCUGGUUCGGCGGCUUGCUGCUGCUCGUUAAGGGGGUUUCCUGCUUAGCGGAAAAUUCAGGUUUUGAGGUCUCUGGCCACAGCAGCGAGCAGCAGCAGGAGAGCUGGGCAGGAAGGAGGCUGCUGCAGGAGAUGGACAACAGCAGCCUGGAGGAGCUGGAGAGCGAGGAGGAGCCUAAGAAUUGCACUGCUCCAGCCCUGCACGAGUUCCCUACAGACCUGUUCACCCACAAAGAGAGAACAGAAGGAGCUGUGGCCCUGCAUGUCCUCUGUACUAUUUACAUGUUCUGUGCUCUGGCUCUGGUCUGUGAUGACUACUUCGUUCCCUCCCUGGAGAAGAUAUGUGAGCGUCUCAAUCUCAGCGAGGACGUAGCAGGUGCAACAUUCAUGGCCGCCGGCAGUUCAGCUCCUGAACUCUUCACGUCUGUCAUAGGGGUGUUCAUCACUAAAGGUGACGUCGGCGUGGGAACCAUCGUGGGUUCGGCCGUCUUCAACAUUCUGUGCAUCAUCGGCGUGUGCGGCUUCUUCGCUGGCCAGGCGGUGAAGCUCUCUCACUGGGCUCUGCUCCGAGAUUCCAUUUUUUACACGUUUUCUAUCAUAGCUCUCAUUGUGUUCAUCUAUGACGAGAAGGUGUGCUGGUGGGAAUCUCUGGUCCUGAUCCUCAUGUAUGCAGUUUAUAUCCUCAUGAUGAAGUUUAACGGCAGGGCGCAUCGCUACUUCGACCGCCGAAAGAAGAGCUCAGUGAAUCUGGCCAACGGGCUGACGGGCAGCACUGAUCUGGAGGAUAACAUCACGUGUGAUGCUACUGCAGUCCUGCUGAAGAAAGCUAACUUCCACUGUAAGCCGUCUGUGCUGAUGGUGGACGAGCUGCUGUCUGCGUACCCCCACCAGCUGUCGUUCUCCGAGGCCGGCAUGAGGAUCAUGAUCACCAGUCACUUCUCCCCCAGAACCCGCCUCACCAUGGCCUCCCGAAUGCUCAUCAACGAGAGACAAAGGCUGAUCAACACCACGGAGACUCGAGUCAACCGCAUCACCAACGGCGACUCGGACUCGGCGGCUCGAGGUCAGGGUAGGCGGGGCUUGGAGAACGGGAUGGGCGGGGCCGAGCAAGGCCUGAACGGGAGGUGCAGGCUUCAGCGGCUGGAGUCCGGCAAUGAGACGGAGAACGAGAACGAGGACAACGAGAACAACGAGAACGACGAGGAAGGAGAAGGAGAGGACGACAACGAAGGACCGCUGGUGCCCUUCAAAGUUCCAGCUGGUGCUUGCAACAAGCUGAAGUGGUUGACAAUGUGGCCGCUGUCACUGCUGCUGUUCUUCACGGUGCCCAACUGUGCCAAGAGGCGCUGGGAGAGAUGGUUCAUGGUGUCCUUCUUCACUGCCACCAUCUGGAUCGCUGGACUCUCGUACAUCAUGGUCUGGAUGGUGACGGUGAUCGGCUUCACUCUCGGCAUCCCUGACGUCAUCAUGGGCAUCACCUUCCUGGCAGCAGGAACCAGCGUCCCCGACUGCAUGGCCAGCGUUAUAGUGGCUCGACAAGGCAUGGGAGACAUGGCCAUCUCCAACUCCAUUGGCAGCAACGUGUUCGACAUCCUGGUGGGCCUCGGCCUCCCCUGGGCUCUGCAAACUCUCUGCAUCGACUAUGGAUCCAACAUCCAUCUCAACAGCAGAGGACUCAUAUUCUCUGUUGGGCUUUUACUCGCCUCAGUAUUCUUCACAGUUCUCGGCGUCCAUUUAAACAAAUGGACUCUGGACCGGCGACUGGGCUUGGCCUGCCUCAUCAUGUACGCCAUCUUCCUGUGCUUCUCCAUCCUCAUCGAGUUCAAUGUUUUCAUAUUUGUCAACCUCCCCAUGUGCCGAGACAUCCACUGACCCGCCUCUCCUCAUCCUCCUCUUCCUCUUCUUCUUCUGAUGGAGGAAACCUCACCUGGCUUCCAGUUUCUUGGCGCCUUGGAACCAAGUCCGACUUUUAUUUUUUAGAGAAAUAGAGCUCUGUAUGAUUUUUCUUUGGUGCAAUACAAACGAAAGAGAAAGAGAAAGGGGACACCGGAGGCUUUGAGGAGGGUUUUUUUUUUUCUUGUUUUUUGUUCAGGAUUGGAGGCGCAAAAAGAGAAAGUUCCAGCAGCAGAAGGUUUCUGCCAGUCGAACCGACAGGCUGGCUGGAGUGAACUGAAUCCACACCGACGGCUGCUGUUGGUGAACACGCUGCUACUGACCGAGGCGAGGGAAGAGAGGAAUCAGCGAUUUUCAGCUGGAUUGUUUGCUACUCUUUGUACAAGUUUGGGUAUAAGCACACGAUUUAAGGUAUUUUUAAGCAAAAAAAAAAAAGAACUGUCUUUCUCUGUAUAUAUUUGAGGAUUAUAGAAUAUUAGCUGAUAUACGGGAUUCUCUUAUGCACAACUGGAUCGGUCUUGCAAAGCCGAAAUGAUCCGACGACGAUAUUUUACUCGCUUCAACACGUCUCAUGCAGCAUGCUGUUCUAGCCACAGCUCUAGCUUUGCACUGACAGAGAUAUUUAACACUAUUCACAUAGAGUCUGUUCUUAGCUGUUCUUUUCUUUCGUGUCCGAGUAGAUGUGGGCUUUACUUUUCUUUAACCAACAAAAGAAAGGGAUCUACCUGGAACUGACAUCCAGCACUGUCACUUUAUGGGUUAGAGAUGUAACUCUUUUUAUUCUUCUAUUUGCAAAGCGUCUACAGGUACAUUAAACAUGUAACUACUGAAGUUAAAGUUCCCUCUAGACGGUAGACCUCUUGUAUUAUAUCAGAAGAGUUAGUUUCUAGUUGAGUAUAACGUUAUUUCUUAAAAGCCAAAAGUAUUUUUAGUAUAGAAGUCGUAGAUUUGGACUUAAGAAUGGGCACAGUGUGUGUGUGUGUGUGUGUGUGUGUGUGUGUGUGUGUUACAAUCUGAUGGAGAACCAAGGAAACCACUGUCACUGGGAAGACAUAAUCAUGAUUUAUUUAUGAAUUAAUUUAUUCAAAGAUCGUGUCUAACCACCAGUUUCAGCCCUUUGGAUCGUGUACAGUGUAUUCAGUGGAACAGAGCUGUACAAUGUACUGUACCUAAUAUAUAAUCUAAGUACUGGAAACUGACUUGAUGUUGUUUAUAUUUAAGAAUAGAACUUUAUAAUUUAUAAGUUUUGUAUAGUUUGGAAUGAUAUCGCAACAUUUGUAUGUUAGUUCAACACGGCAGAUUUUAAAGAAGAGGAUGUCGAGUUGUGAGGAGGAUGCAGAUUUUAGUUCCUCACUGACCCUACACAUUAAAGGAUUUACUAAAUAAACCUACCAGGCUCUGAAUCAGGAGCCCAAAGGCAUCGGGGGGGACCUGGUUCAGAGCCUCUGUCUGAAGUAACUGCUAACAGUUUUUGUUAGUCAAAGAAACCACCACAAAGAGGGACAGAGCAAUGAUACAGAGAUGCAAAAUGACUUAAAGCAACUAUGAAGAGACUCAGAAUGACACAAAACAACUACGAAGAGACUCAAAAUAGCUUAAACAACUACAUAGACAAAAAUGACUCAUUCAAAACAGCUACAAUUACCUUCAAGCAACUCCAGACAGACUUAAACCGAAACUCAAAAUGGCUCAAAUCAACUACAAAGAGACUCAAAACAACUACAGAGGGACUAAAAAAGACUAAAAAUAGUUUGAAGGAGGCACAGUUGUAAAGGAAAUCAAAACUACUGACUGAAAAUUACAGAAAACAACCAUAUAAAGACUCAAAAAGUGCUUUAAGGAGAUUCAAAACAGCUACAAAAUGACUAAAAACAACUACAAAGGCUCAUAAUCACUCAAAAUAACCUAAGAGAACUAUAAGGAGACUCUUAAGUACAAGGGGCUUAAAAUACUUAAAACAUCUUUAACAACAAGACACAGUAAAAGGAAUGACUUAAAGCAGAUGCAAGGAGGCAAAACAUCUAGAAAAAGACUCUAAAUUGCUCAAAACAGCCACAGAAAUUAUCAAAACAACCAUACAGAGAUUCAGAAUUACUAAAAAUACAACAAAGCUGACUCAAAACAACCACGCGCAAACAGUGACAAUGAGACUCAAAAUAAUUACCAGAAAAAGAUGCAAACGUGCCAAAAAGUGAAGCACAAUGAACACAAAGGGGCAGAAAGCAACUACAGAGGCUUGGAAAUACCUCAAAACAACAAAAACAGUUCAAAUUACCAUAAAUCAACUCAAAAUGAGUCACAACCACCUCCAAGAGACUUAAAAUGGUCAAAACUAUGAAAAGUAGACAUUCAAAACAACCACAGAGGAACUUCAAAUGACAUAUAAAGACACAAAACAACUACAGAGGCUAAAAACUACUCAAGACAGCAAGAGCUGUCAAAAUGAACAGAAAUUGAGUCAAAACAACUGAAAGUAGACUCAGAACAGGCAUAAAUAAACACCAAAUAGCUCAAAACAUCCAGAAAAAGAUACAAACUAACAGAGCAAAUGCAAAAUGAACACAAAUGGACAUGGAUUGACUAAAAUGAGAUAGAAAAUGAACUCAAACAGAUACAGAACCACUGCAUAAAGCCUGAAAAUGAGACGAACAGGAGCCACAAAGAAGCUCUCAUCAUGUUGCUUGUGAUCAUUUUGUGUCUCUCAGUCGAAGCGUUUUUAUUUCUUGCAAAUGAAAUUAGUGACAAAAUCCCGACUAAGAUUCAUUUUCAUAAAAAAGGAAGCGUGCAGUCGUGAACUGUGAUUUCCUCUUUUUGUUUGAGCUGUCUCCAGCAGUAUUUCCACUCAGUGUCAGCGUGCGUUCAAACUAAACGUGGAAAAGCUGUAAUUUCAUUUAAUUUUACUUGCUGCUCCUCCUGCAGCCACUAGAUGGCGCUGUAGGGCUGCAUUGGAAGGCGGUUUGGGAAUAUUUUCAGCUAGACUUUUAGACAUAUACUGGUCGGUUUGCAUGCCUCUUUCAUAAUUCUGAUUAUUUUGUGUGUAAUUUUAAUGCAUUUCGGAGAUCAAAAAGGCACUGUCUUGAUUUUUGCUGUACAUAUCAGGAGGAAAAUGCUACUUUAAACUUCUGAUGAGCAGUUAGAUUUGAGAUAUAUACAGUAUUUAGAAUGUAGGACGGUUAGUUUUCAGAUUAUUAUUGUCGUUUUAUGCUCAUGUCUGUUGAAUUGUUUGUAAAUCCUCAUUUUUGUUGAUGAGGACCUCUGGGCAGAAAUAAAGAAGUUGGCCUUG